AUGUGUCGCUUGAAUCACGCACCUUUUUUUUUUCUUUUCUUCUUUUGGUUGGUCCUUUUAUUUAUUUAUUUGUGUGGUCUUCUUUGCGUCGUCCAGGAGUGUGUAUUAAGGCGCCACGGGGAGAGGUGGAUGAGAAAGCGUAGCACGCCAGCGAAACAACAAAAACAAAGACGACAAGAGGAAGAAGAGGGGGAAAAAAGGGAAAAAAUGAUUGAGGGAGUGGAACUUUCUGAGGAUAUAUUUGAAGAAUUAAAAGAAGAGGCAUGCACCAGGAAUAUGUUACCUCAUGGGGCAAGGAUGCGAACGAGUAAAAAAUCUUGGUUUUUUACGGGAUUACCAACAUGGUUUUAUUCACUGUCGCACUUCUUUGUUGCACUUGGUAUAUGGGGUUUCAUUACGUGCAUGGUGUUAUUUCUGCUUACAACUUCUUUAAGAAGUAAAGAAUCGAGAACUUCCGUGGCAAAAACGGGUGAUGAUUUCCUUCCAGAGGGAUGUCGUAAGGGGUGUGACACGACAUUUGGGGCCAUUCUUGGCACUGUAAAUGGUGUAGUGAGCUACAGCAACUGCAACUCCUCGACCUGCACUUCUAACUUGUGGCAUCCAAUGUCAUCACUUUUGGCUCAUGGUGAUCAUAAUAAUGAAAACAGAUGGAAUACCACCAACAGAAGCGGAUUGGAAUGGCAAUGUGUGGAGUUUGCAAGGCGGUAUUGGAUGCUUCGUGGAACUCCCGUGCGUGCAACGUUUGACUCAGUGGUCGGAGCUGCCGACAUUUGGGCACUGAACUUCGUGCGGCUCCUUGACGGCUCUAAAACGCCGCUGCUUAAAUACCCCAACGGCCUCCCACGCCGUGAUGGCGGCUCCGCCCCGCGUGCCGGCGACCUGCUGAUAUACCCGCGUCAGCGGGAGGAUUUUCCGUUUGGACACGUCGCCGUCGUUGUCGGUGUGACGAAGAACUCUGUUCUCGUUGCAGAGCAGAACUGGGACAACAAGAUGUGGCCCGGACCGUACCACAACCACUCCCGCGAAAUUCGCAUGCUGUACAGCCCCAUCCAUGACGCCUACAACAUUACGGAGGAGGAAAACAUCAUCAUUGACGGGUGGAUGAGGUACACCACGUAG